AUGAAUGCAUCAAUUGGUGAUAGGCAUCUUGAUUCUGAUGUGUGUGUUUGGCAGGCAUUAAUUGACAUGUUUGCAAAGUGUAGUGCUGAUUUGAUUUCAGCUCGUAAGUUGUUUGAGAAAAUGCCUGAGAGGAAUGUGGUCGCAUGGACUUUAAUGAUGACAAGAUGUACUCAGUUGGGUUGUCCAAAGAAUGCUGUUGAUUUGUUUUUGGAUAUGCUGGCAAAUGCCUGCAUUGGAUGCAACUUGGUGGACAUGUACGUGAAGUCUGUAGCAAGUGGAUCACUUCAUGAUUCGAGAAAGGUGUUUGACCGGAUGCAAGAUUAUAAAAUGAUGUCUUGGACAAGUGAUUUUACAUUUGCCAGCCUUUUAAGUGGAGUUGCCUGCAUCAGCACUAUUGGUAAGGGAGAGCAAAUCAAUGUGAGGGUGACAGAUUAUGGAAUCGUGCCCAGAAUCGAGUACUGUGCAUGCAUGGUGGACUUAUUGGGAAGAUCGGGCUUCCUUGUCAAAGCCCUUAAGUUUAGAAAUGCUAUGCCUUUCAGGGCUGUUACAAUGGUCUGGCAUACAUUUCUUGGAGCUUGCCAAGUUCACAGCAACGUUGAACUUGCAAAACAAGAAGCUGCAAUGAUUUUUAAGCAGGAGCCAGAUGACCUUGUUGAUAAUGUUUUGCUAUCAAAUCUGUAUGCAUCAGCUGGUCUAUGGGAAGAUGCAGCGCCAAUCAGGAAGAGGAUAAAACUGAAAAAUCUUACAAAAGAAGCUGGUUGA